UCAUCCAAAUUACACUUAUACAUUAGCCUACAAAUUUUUUCUUCUCUGAAGCUAGCACAGUCCUAAUUCCAAAAAAGUGAACUUUAUCAGCAUGGAGGAGCAGCCAUCGCAACCGAUUAGAAUUGAGCGAGACAGCUCGGACAUCAUUGGGAAUGGGUUGGAGAUUGCAUCGGGCUCGUCGGGCCUCACUGGCACUGCCAUGGCUGAGGAGCGGCCCAGCGUAUCGGGAGUCCAUUUGCUGUUGAUGUGCUUGGACUCGGACCGCCAUGUGACGUUCCAGGAGGGGGUCAUCGAUAACGAGGGCAUGAAUCGUCGCAAAUCAAAGUGCUGCUGCAUUUACCGCAAGCCGCAUGCAUUUGGCGAGAGCUCCUCGUCCUCGGACGAUGAGUGCGAGAACUGCUGCGGCCAUCCCGAAGUGCGUCAACGCAAUCGUCUAAAGAAGCAGCAGCAGCUCUGCCUGUGCCGCUGUCAUCAUCAAGGCCGGCCGGCCGGCAUUGUGGAGGAGCCAGCUGACCACUCAAGCACUGUCGUCCGAGCCAGGACGGAAUCGCCAGCACAGCCGAAGACCCUCAUUAUGGCCACCUCCAAUACUGGCCAGCAAUAAGUUUGGCUGACCAAUCCCCAGCCAGCACUUCACAACAUUUCGACCCACCCAUAGAACCAGCCCAUCCCCCACCCCAACUGAACCAUCCACCCACAGCACUCGCCGGCAGCCGACUGAUUCGUUCACUCAAUCGAUGUCCCAGAUUUGGCAGACAUCUCAUUAGGAGCUGGCGCGGCUUCCGUUCCUUCAGUUACUCAACUGUUUAGUGCCCCAUUAAUUGUAUAGUUUUCUAUCAAUUGUAAAAUUUAUGAUUUACUACUAYUACACUUGACUCUGAGCAUGUAUAAAAUAUCGCAAAAGCGACUCGAC